ACAACGUGGAGCAGGCGGGGUUUGCCAGCUGGAGUCAGAGUCCCUCAGUCUUCAGUUGGCAUCACCGCUAGAAAACCUCCACAGCGCAUCACGCCCCGAGUGGAAUGGAAGAAAAGGACCAGAAAGAAAAUGGGGAGUACACCGGGGAGAUAAAGGGGGGGCUGCGGCCUUCCAUGAAGCUGGUGGUGAUGGGGAUUGUUAACAAAAAACCCAAGAGCAUGGAGGUUAUUCUGUCCAGUCGGCCUCAGGAGGAGGACACGGAGGGCGACGUUGGUCUGCAGCUGAAGGUCAGCUUCAGAGAAAAGGCCGUCCAACGCAACGCCCGCCUGGCUGGAAAAUGGGGUUCUGCUGAAAAUACUCUGUCCUUCUUUCCUUUUGCAGCCGGAGAACCCUUCAAGAUGGAGAUAGUUUGUGAGCACCAGCAGUUUCGUAUCCUGGUGGACGGUCAGCCUCUGUGUGGCUUCACCCACCGACUCUCCCAGCUCGCCUCCCUCACUGCCUUACGAGUCUUCGGCGACCUCCAGCUCACCAAGGUGGCCUAAACGCCUCGCACAGGUGACGCGAGGACGCCCAGGACAGCUAUAUAAUACUUAAGAUUAGAAUAGGUCUACUUUGAGUGAAUAAUUUAACCCUCGGUGGGGAUGUUGUGUUUCCAUUUUCAGACUAAGUCACACCUGCCUCGUAAUCACGUGUUAAGACAAAGUGCCUUCACUAAGAUUACCUGUCUGGGGACUUGAAGAUACUGACUGAAUGUAACAGUCUUAAAUCAAAUGUGAUUUGAACUGAAUUAAACAAUGCGAUCGAAGCUGUAAUAUUUUUCCUGAAUGAAUAUUUGUACAAACACUAGAAAAAAAUGUCUGUGAUUUAAGAAGGGAAAAAAAGGGAGAUUUCAGACUUGAUUUCUCUGGCGUUAACCUUUGAAAGCACUUACGUUUACGAGCGCCUGCAUGAAGAUGAACGUUUCUGAUUGCGUCACCAAGAUUGUCAUUCUGUGCCCGACUACGUACUGUAACAGGUGUAAUAAUGUAAAACUUUAGUGCAUGAUAGUAAACACACACAGUGUGCUUCAUUUCUCUCAGUUGGAGUCCAGAUUAAACACAACGUUGGAAGGGUUUUCUGUUGUUGCACCAUCAUCAGCUCUGAGUUGGUUUCUUUCACCAUUAGCACUUUUUAUGUGAAUGUUUCAUAUCGACUUUACUUCACUGCAAUAAAUCACUUUUGUUGUUA